AUGGAGGACGGUGUACGGGAAUGGCUCGACUCGCGGGUAGUUGACCUUGUCGGAGAUUUUGCUGGCAGUGAGCUUUUCAUCAUCGAGGGCGACUCACUCCUACUGCACUGCUUUGCGGACCCCAAACUUGACUUCAACCCAGGUCUACAGAUGCUACAUGCUACGUAUCUCGUUGAGCAGGUGAUACAGAAACUUAGACAGCGCAAAUGUGUCUUUGAUAUUGUCUUUUUUGCUCAAAAUGCGCGAUGUUGCAUCCCCCCAACGGCCAGCAGCGACCUCCACGAGAGAUAUCUUCUGGCCCGUGAAACAAUCAUACAGCAUCUUGUUUCCAUUGGAGAUCAAGUCUCGCUGCCAUUGCAAGUUCUCAAAUUUCAGAGCAUUCGGUCUGAGGCCUUCACUACCCACUUGAGCAAGUCUGGGGUGUAA